AUGGCGCCGCAGAAAAAAGAAAAGCCCAGCCAUGCAUUAUUUGCAGGUGCAACAGCAGGCGCGAUCGAAGCGUUCGUGACGUAUCCGACAGAGUUUGUCAAAACGCGGUCGCAGUUUGGGGGCAAGCGCGAAUCCCCAAUUGCUAUCAUCAAAGAGACCAUUCGGACAAAGGGUGUAACAGGGCUCUACUCGGGGUGCACGGCGCUCGUGGUGGGCAACUCUGUCAAGGCCGGCGUGCGCUUCGUGAGCUACGACCACUUCAAAGGGAUGCUCGCUGAUUCCGAGGGCAAGGUGAGUGCGCCGAGGAGUCUUGUUGCUGGGUUGGGAGCAGGUAUGAUGGAGGCUAUAUUUGCGGUGACGCCGUCCGAGACGAUAAAAACGAAGCUCAUCGACGACGCGAAGCGACCGAAUCCACAGUACCGCGGCCUGGUACACGGUACGGUAUCCAUCGUGCGUCAGGAAGGGAUCUCUGGGAUAUACAGAGGGCUAUUCCCAGUUAUGAUGCGGCAAGGGGCGAACUCGGCUGUCCGGUUUACGACGUACUCCACAUUGAAGCAGUUCGUGCAGGGCACAGUGCCAGCGCGCCCUGGACAGCCGCUGCCGAGUGCGAUCACUUUUGGGAUUGGAGGUAUCGCGGGGCUAGUGACGGUGUAUACUACUAUGCCGCUUGAUGUGGUGAAGACACGAAUGCAGUCUCUCGAGGCUCGCUCACAGUACCGCAACUCGUUCCACUGCGCGUACCGGAUAUUCACCGAGGAGGGCCUGUUGCGAUUUUGGACCGGCACCACGCCGCGGUUGACAAGGCUGGUGCUGAGUGGUGGGAUCGUGUUCACGGUCUACGAGAACAUUAUCAAAAUUAUCGGAGGACGGGAGCCGUAG